CGUCAUUCGACAUUUCGAGCAUUAUCCCUCUACUAUUUAAGUCGAAUAUCAUUAUUCUUUUUUCAUUCAACACUGACUCUGUGACUUGUGAGGUCGUCAUCACGGUUUGUUUUUCAUUAGGAAUUUAGGCUGAUUUUUCCCUGGAAUAAAGUAAUUUUGUCUUAUAAAAUUAAAUUAUAACUUGUUUUUUCCACAUCGUUCCUGCGUCGACCCAUCCGAAUUAAAUUUAUAACUGUCAUCAUGAUUGCACAAAAAUUGUGGUCUUUAAUUUUCGUUGGGCUAUUAAUCUCAUCUUCCGCCAAUGCUGGUCCAAUCGCAGCAGGAAUUUGCUAUGCUGGAUGUGCUGCCGUCACGGUCGCAUGCUUUUCAGCCGCUGGCUUCACAUUUGGCACCGUUCCUGGAGCAGUGAUUGCUGCUACACCCAUGUUAGCUGCGUGCAAUGCAGCAUUUGGGAUUUGUGAAGCAAGCUGUGUCGCAGCAUUAAUCGUACCUGUACCGUAGGGCUUAAAGCCUAAAAUUGUUUUCUUUUCAACAGUGCAUGUACUUAAUGAACUAUUUUUUUUAAAUGUAUACAUUUUUUUUAUUUUCAUACGCCAAAGUUUUGCAUUAAAGUGUUGGUAAAUCAUCAAAUAUAAAAAUUAACUAAAAUAAAUAAUUUUUUUCAUAAUAAAUAGUAAUACAUUGAUAUACAUAAACUGCUUUGAUUAUCUUCAUUA